AUGAAUCUAUUAAGAAACCUUUUUUCACCACCUCGGCUGAGGACCCUAGCGUGCUACAAAACAUUUUCCUCAUCUGCUUGGGCAUGGUCAGGACAUAAUAAAUGGUCCAAAAUCAAGCACAAGAAAACUGCAAAUGACCAAGCACGUAGUAAACAAGUCGGAAAGAUUUCGCAGGGUAUUACAAUGGCCGUACGAACAGAAGGCACUAAUCCCGAUAUGAAUAUUCGACUGGCUACGCUUUUAGAACAAGCGCGCAAAAACUCCAUCCCAAAAAGUGUCAUAGAAACGGCAAUGAAAAGAGGUUCAGGUGGAGGAGGAGCUGAUGGUAUUAUCAUGCAAGCUCUUGAUUACGAGGGAAUGCAUCCAUCAGGCGUUGGAUUUAUUGUCGAAACAAUUACAGAUAAUAGAAGUCGUGCAGCAGCCAACAUUAAGCACAUUCUUAAAAAGCACAGUGCUUCAUUAUCAAAUGCAAAAUUUCUGUUUUCAAAGAAGGGAAAAGUUGAAAUGAAUCCACCUGCAGAUCGUCUUUCCAUGGAGCUUGGGAAUGUAUUGGACGAUGCGAUUGAAGCUGGAGCCGAGGACGUAGUCCAGAGACCCAAAGAAUUGGUAGAUGAAGAAGAUGAGGGUCAAUUUGUAAUUCUUGCCGAGCCUGCUUCCUUAAAUGAAGUUGCUCAAUAUUUUCGGUCGAAGAAUUACGAAAUUAAAGACUCUCGAAUGAUUUAUGUUCCAGUUUCCGACACAGCAAUUGACUUGCAGACAAACGAGCAAGCAAAAGAGCAAAUGCAAAAUCUAGUUGACGAUUUGUAUGACAUUGAAGAUGUUAUGUAUAUCCAUACAAGUGCCGCCAAUUCCCAUUAUUUACCCUUAAGCAGCUAA